AUGGUGAGGCAUCUGGCUAGAACUGGCUCCGACCAUCGACCUCUUCUUGUUAAAAGCUAUAAUAGCCAACAUAAUGGAAUCAAAUACUUUAAAUUCCUUGAUUUCUGGUCGGACCAACCAGAUUUUUUGCAGUUGGUAGAAGAAGUGUGGCACACUCAGAUUACUGGAAAUCCUAUGUGGAAGCUACAACAGAAAUUGAAGCUCUUAAGUAGGAAGCUUACCCACUGGUCUAAAGAAGUCAUUGGUAAUGUUUUUGAUCAAGUCAACAUCUGGGAAGCAAAGAUGCAAGAACUGGAGGAACUUGACCUUCUCAAUAAUAAUGCUCCAUCCAGAGAAGAGCUAAACAAAGGGCAUGUUGAGUAUAUCAGGUGGAUGGGAAUGCAAGAUACUUUGCUGAAACAGAAGGCUAAAUCGAGAUGGUUUGAGGAUGGUGACUCCAAUACCACUUAUUUUCAUAGUGUGAUUAGAGAUAGAAGAAGGAAACUUCAGCUCCAUCGAAUUAAGAAUCAUAGAGACAACUGGAUCCAAGGGGAAGAUAACAUUGCUAAAGCUGCGGUCCAUCACUUCCAACACCUUUUCAACUUGUAUCAUGAUUUCAGAGAUCAAGACAUUCUUAACUACAUCCCCAGCUGCAUAAUUGAGGAGGACAAUGCCAACCUCAGUGCCAUACCUGAAUAUGAGGAGAUCAAGGAACAUGUGUUUAGCAUGAGUUCUUCUAGCUCAGCGGGGCCAGAUGGCUACAAUGGGACUUUUUAUCACAAAUGUUGGAAUAUUAUCAAAGAUGAUGUGCAGGAUUUUGUCCAAGAUUUCUUCAAUGGUAGAAGGCUUACCAAAUUUUAUUCACAUACUUGCUUGGUUCUUAUACCAAAAGUGGAAUCUCCUACGAUUUUCUCAGACCUCGGGCCAAUUAGUCUGAGUAAUUUCUCCUGCAAAAUUGUUUCUAAAAUAUUGUCUAGCAGGCUCAAUCCCUUGCUUAACAAGAUCAUAUCCGAGAAUCAAAGCGGCUUCAUCAAAGGGAGAACUAUUACUAAAAAUGUUCUGCUUGCUCAAGAGAUUGUCCAGAAUAUUAAACAGGUUAACACUGGUGGCAACAUCAUUAUGAAACUUGACAUGGCAAAAGCAUACGACAGAAUGUCAUGGAUCUUUCUUAUGGCAGUUAUGAGGAAGUUUGGUUUCAAUGAAGAAUGGAUUGACCUAAUCUUUAGACUGUUGAUGAUGUCUGCUUAUACCGAUGAUAUUGUUAUCUUCAUUGGAGGGGACAAUAAGACCAUUAAGCUUAUCAAGAAGGUGAUUAGGAGGUAUGAGAAUGCUUCAGGCCAGAAGUUAAUGAUGCAAAAAGCUUCUUCAUCACUGCCCCUAACACCUCAGCUAGCAGGAUUAACAGGAUCAGAAAUGCUUCAGAGGCUUAAUGCUUGGCAGGGUAAAAUGCUCUCCUAUGGGGGCAAGCUGAUCCUUAUUAAACACGUUUUACAAUCUCUCCCCAUAUAUAUUCUAUGUGCCUUGAAUCCCCCUAAAAGUGUGCCCAAACUCAUGGAGAAACAUUUUGCUAAUUUCUUCUGGGGAACUUCCGAAGGAAAAAAUAACUAUCACUGGAGUGCUCGGAAGAACCUUUGUUUGCCUAAAGAGGAAGGUGGUGUGGGUAUUAGAAGGAUGGAAGAUAUUACGGAGCCUCUUAACAUUAAAAGAUGGUGGAGGUUUAGAACCCAACCCUCUCUUUGGACCACCUUCCUUAGGAAUAAAUAUUGUAAGAGAGCCCAUGUUGUGGCCAAAAUUCCUAUCUCCUCUGACUCUCACGCCUGGAAAAGUAUGAUGAAGAUUAAGAAGAAGGUUGAGCCUAACAUCAUCUGGAAAAUUCAAGCAGGAAACUCGAGUUUCUGGUGGGACAACUGGACAGGUUAUGGGGCUUUGGCCAUGGUUGUUCAGGAUCAAAGAAAAUCUGCUAAAGUUCAAGCCAAGCAUUAUAUUUGCAAUGGGACAUGGGAUACUAUAAAGCUGAAUGAUACUCUUCCUGCCCAUAUUAUUGACACUAUCUCUAAGAACACAGUGGGUAAAGCAACACUGAUGAUUUCCCAAUUUGGAAUAUCUCUAAAAAUGAUUGAGACCAUGCAUCAUGUGUUCAAUGGAAGUGAUGCAGCACAGUUCAUAUGGAAUGAAAUAGGCAAACCUCUGGGAAUGAAGCAUCAACUCGAACCUAUUAUUGGAACCUUCAAGAGAUGGUUCAACCACAACGCUAUGAAGUACCAAGGAGUCUGGAUCAUAAAGCAGGCAAUUGCGAAGGUGAUUCCUGGUAUUGAUAGCAAGGUCCAGUGGCCUUCUUAUUGUGAUAAGAUAGAAAAACUCAAGCCGGUUCAAACCUGGAAGCAAGUUAGAUGGCAAACACCCUUGGCAGAUACUAUCAAGGUCAAUACCGAUGGGAGCUUCAUCAAAGAAACUGGCACGACAGGUAUUGGGGGUAUUGUGAGAAACAGUAAUGGUGACUUAAUCAUGGCUUUCUCAGUCAAUGUACAGAGUAAUAGCAACAAUAUGACUGAAGCUCUUGCAGCUGAGUUUGGAGUGAAAUGGUGUAGCCAUCAUGGGUUCACUAAUUUUGUUCUUGAACUUGGCUCUCUGAUCGUUGAAAAUAUGUUGACAAAGAAAGAGGCCAACAACCUCAAGAUUAAGCAGAUUGUGGACAAUAUCAUCAACUCCAUAAAUGAUGCUAAUGUCUGCGUGCAACACUGCCUUAGGGAGGGUAACCAGGUAGCUGAUUGUCUGGCUAAACUCGUUGCUACUUCCAAUCAGGCCAAGAUUUUCCAGAACUUCCAACAACUCCCAAACAAGGCUAAAAGUGUAUUCCUUCUUGAUAAAUGGCAGCUGCCCACAAUAAGAACAAAGUGUGAAAAAUCUAAUUUCUUUGUUAGCUAG